UGCAAGGGCAUAGAGCUGUGGAAGUACUUCCAGGAUUGUCAUAAUAAUUAGGCAAUAUCAAAUUAGACAAAAGAUCAUUAACCUGCAAUUAAUGAAUCUUCACGCUGAACACUAUGAAGAAACCGCGAAAUGUUGAUUGCGGUAAACCACGUAGACCCAUGAAGAAGUGCAAAAUCGCAGACGGUAUCUAUGGAAGCACGUUUCUGUACUUGAAGUUUCUUUUGGUAUGGGCCCUCGUUCUGAUGGCAGACUUCAUACUGGAGUUCCGCUUUGAGUACCUCUGGCCAUUUUGGCUUCUCAUGAGAAGUGUUUAUGAUUCAUUCAAGUACCAAGGACUGGCAUUUUCUGUAUUUUUCGUCUGCAUCGCUGUCACAUCUGAUGUCAUCUGCUACCUGUUUAUACCUGUUCAGUGGUUGUUUUUUGCAGCCAGUACUUAUGUUUGGGUUCAAUAUGUUUGGCACACAGAAAGAGGCAUAUGUCUGCCCACUGUUUCUUUAUGGUUGCUGUUUGUUUAUAUAGAAGCCUCAGUGAGAUUGCGAGAACUGAAAAGCCUUCCUUUCAAUUUAGACCUCUGUAGGCCUUUUGCUGCUCACUGUAUUGGGUAUCCAGUAGUAACAUUGGGUUUUGGUUUUAAAAGCUACAUAUCAUACAGAAUGAGAUUGCGAAGACAAAAAGUAGUGCAGAAAGAAAAUGAUUUCUACAUGCAGUUGUUACACCAAGCACUGCCAGCUGAAGUGCAAUAUGCUGAUAAACAAAAAGCCUUACCAUCUAAACCAGAAGAGGAAGGAAUCUCAAAUGGGGUGGCUGGGAAGAAGCUGGGUAAGUCGGACGAUGACAAGGAUGGCAAGAAGUCAAAAAGCACAACAGACAUUAACGAGGACGAUGAGCUUGAGUUUAUAGAAAAGACUUUGCCAAAGAAGACUAAUGUGAACCAGUUCGAUGAAAGUGGGGAUAGUUUUGCCAGUGAGCAGCAGACGAAAACAUUCAAAACAAACUCAGUUCCGGCGGCCAAGUCUCCGUCGUCGGGGAACAAAAUCAACAGCAGUAAAGAAAACAGCACAAAGAAAGCGAAGAACUAUACGAAAGAGGCACCUCCUGCCACGUUCAGCAACAAUAAAGAUGAAACAAUAUCAAGGUUAGAAACAGAUAUUAAAAAGUUGAAAGCAGACUUGCAAUCUAGUCGCAACUGUGAACAGGAGUUGAGAUCUCAGAUAAACAGUUUGAACAUAGCGGACAAGUCGAUGCGGUCAGAACUGUAUCAGCUGCAACAAGAUAACGAAAACCUGCAAAACAAAUUACACAAUCUUGUCACCAGCAGGCAGCAGGAUAAACAAAAUAUAGCCAUGCUUGAAAAGAAGUUUCUUGAGGAACGAAAAUUAAGGACUUCCAUUGAGACGCAGUUGGCAGCUGAAAGAAAGGCUAAAAAGGCAGAGGAAGCCGCUGCUGCUCGGGCAGUAGCCAUGGCAACUGCAACCAGACUCGAGUGUUCAGAAAGCUGCAAAAUGAGAAGAAAAGAUAGUGAGAAUGACAUGAAGCAGCUGCGGCGAGAUUUGAAGAUGCGCGAAGAUCAGUUUAGAAUGCUGGAGAGGGAGGUGCAAGCUCUAAGACAAUAUAAAGAUGCCCAGAAGGAGUCUGAGGUCCUGAUGGCUGCCCUGGGAGCCAUGCAAGACAAGAACACCGAGCUGGAGAACAGCCUUACUGCUGAAACUCACUUCAAGCAGGAUCUGUUCUCAGCCCUCGGCGAAGAGAGACGACAGAUUAAAAUACUACAAACCAACAUUCAGGAGCGAGACAAUGAGAUCAAGGAGUUGAAGUCUAAGAUAGCAGAAGUGAUGGCGCUGAUCCCGAGCACCAACUCGUACCAGUCGCUCAACUCAGACCGCACGUCCUCGCCGCUCUUCUCAUCCAAGUUCUGCAAGGACGACGUCACCAUGAACUCUGACCUCAACCCCAACGCCACAGACUACACCCCGAAGACAUCGUCCAUGUGAAAAGACGCGCGACGACGCCAUGACACGAGACAAAAAGACGUGCAGUAGUUGUACUCGCCGCCUUCUUUUUCUUUCCCGAUCAGCUGACGCCACUUGAGAGCAAUCGGAAUAUCUCAUUGUUUACUGCUCAGGUUACCCGUUAUUGAGGAUAGGCUUUAGAGGACUGUGUCUUGAGGAAUUAAUUUAAAAAAUUUAAUCAUGGUUGUCAUCAGCAGGGGUGGAUGCAGGAUUUGUGGGUUUUUUAGGGAGGUGCAAUUUUUUAUGAACAUUCUGAUAAUACUGCUAAAGCAAAACAGACCCCUACUGGACUAAACAAAUUAUAUUUUCUAAGUUUUUUAACAAGCAUUCUGAGAAUACUGUUAAAGCAAAUCAGACCACUACUGGACUUAAAAAAGUAUUUUCUAAGGUCUGUUGAAAAGUGGGUAAUUCCCUAUGAAAGUCAGAUUUGACCUGUAACUCUACAUAAUAAAGGUAUUCACAAAAUUUCAGUUCAAUAUCUUGAGGCAUUGCGAAAAAAAAAAGGUCUUGAAAACCAUAUGUGGGACAGACAAACGGACCGACAGACCGACUGACACACAGAUGGAAACAGUACCUAUAGUCCAUUCGGGUUGAACCGGUAGAGGACUAAAAAGGUGAGCUGCAGUAUUCAUAUAGGGGUACACCAUUUAAGAAGAGUCUACAGUAAUUUAAAAAUAUACUGAAAACUAAAUUCAUUGGGGGGAGGGGAGGGUGUAGUUUGAGAUUUGAGAUUGGUGCAUACCUCUAGCACUCUUCCCCUGAGUGCAUACCUGAUUAGCUUUAACUCUGACUUUGAGUGAGUAUUUGAAAGGAAAACCAUGUUGAACGACACCCUAGCAUGUUAUAAUCAAUAGCUAUUGGAUACCUUAAUGUUUGAUCACUGCAACUCUUGAUACAACUGUAGAUAAAUUAAAAUCUCAGUUUGAGAAAAGAAUACAUUUAAUCCAAAAUACAGAAACCAACAAGACCCCUUUGAAUUUUAGCUCCCUUUAAUCUACUGACUUCUGAAUUAUAAUGCUGAGUUAUAAUGGUGACAGAACAUAAAGCUGAAUCAGCAAUAUUUUUCUAUCAUUUAGAAAACUGCUGGCCAGUAUUCAUUUGUUAUGUAUCAGUUAACUAUAAUGAAUAAAGCACUAAUAAAAUAUAGAAAGAGACUUGGUAACUUGUAUGUAGAAUCUGGCUGCAUAUUUUCAAAGCCUCUUAGCACUAUGAUAUUGUAAAGCCGUUGUAGUCUGCGAUAUCACUUUGACACAUGUCUUAGCUCUUGAGGGUUUUAUGAUAUUGUAGGACUAAGAUGUCUUCGAAAAUUGGGCCCAGGACUCUGCAAAAAGAUAUUGUUAAAAUAGACACCAAUAAUUUUAAAAUGAAUAAUCGUAACUGCAGUCCAGUCGUAUUGGUAGUGUUGAAGCAUUUCGUCUAAUGGAUCUGGAUUCAUUGUCGCUAUGUUUUGCUGAGAACUAAGCAGUAAACAAUCAAAUAUUUGUGUUUGCCUUGUAUUGGAUCACCUCUUAGCCCUCCAAGUGCUGGUCAAGUUAACAGUUAUAUAGUCCAUCUCUAUAGACCUUUGUCCACUGGUGCUAUGUAUGGUUUUUGAAUUGUCCAUUACCCUCCCUGCCCCGCCCCACUUCGUUUUAGAUUACCUCACUACACUCUGCCAACUCCCGUGUUCAUUUAACAAAGACAACUGCACUGCUGAUUUGUGUUCUUUUUUUUAUUAUUUGAGCUGCCAGCCAGCUUCAAGAGGUACUGGAAAAAAAUGUAUUGGUUUAGUUCAAACACUAUGUAAUAUGUAAGUUUUUGUUUUAUCCUAGCUUAAAAAAGGUUUACUAAUGCUAAGGUGUGUAAUUGUUUCAAUCAUAGUGUUAUAGCCAAUUCCAGGAGUUUAAAAAAAGUAUCAUUUUAGUUGAACAAUGUAAUAUGUAGCCUUUAGAUGAAAAGGAUUCACUAACACUAAGGUGUGUAAUUUUUUGAAAUUAUUAUUAAUAGUUUACAGCUUACUACAAAUAUUUUGUUGUAUGUGAUUGUGUACGGUAUAUGAAAAGACUUGUCCUUCUGUAACAUUCUGAACCUGUACAUCUGUACUGAAAACAUUUAUCUAGGAACUUGAAUUGUCAGCUGGAUUAGGCAGUGAAUGUAACACAGAUAAAAAAACAACAAAAAACUAGGACAUUUCCACAAUUCUGAAUUUUAACUCGACCCGAAAACUCUUUCUGAUCUUGUUCUUUGAUGAAAAUUUCACUAUAAUGUCCUGCUUUUCAAGACCUUGCAAGUCCAAGGUAAUUUUUAUCUCUGAUGUAAGCAUGUGUCAAGCAAAGAAAUGUUUGACAUCACCCCUGCAAACUAUUAACCACAACAGUAAUGAAAGUUUCAUGGGUACUGUUAUUUAUUUCCUCCUCCUACAUCUACACUCAAGAGAGAGAGAUGCCCAACACUGACAGAGUGAAGCAAUUGUACUUAACAAUGGGAACUGAAGAAUUGUGAAAAUGGACACCAUGGAACCACUGUUUGUUCAUGCCAAACCCUAUCAGGCCCUAAUCUAGGACUGAAAAAGUAGAAGUGAUUUCUCCCUUCCCAGAAGAAAGGGGAAACGUUUGAUAAAAAUAGGAAAAGUGAACAUUUAUCGGUACAUAUCAUGUCUGUUACGUGAUUUUGUUUUUGAAAUUGGAUUAGGUCUAAAAUAUUACAGUGACUUUGUUAGACCACUGCUAAUAACAGAAGCCACUUUAGCUGACUUUUGGCGAAGAAAACGUUUCAUUUUGCCGGCUAGAUUAGGGACUGCCUAUCCAUGCUGAUUUUUUUCCUGUGCUCUUCUUGGUCCUUAGAAUCAACUACAACAGUAAUGUGAAGUUAAUGUACGACCUAGUAUUUUGCUUGAACCUACGGGAAAAACACUUUUUAGCAUUUACAGUUGUUUUCAUUGCUGAAAGUUUCAGCCUUCAAAACUAAAUGGCAGUUAUUAGUUUCCUUAUGUGGACAGUUUUUAUAAAUCAAAUAUUAAACAAAAAAUGACCACCAGUUAUUUGUCCAAUGAUGGUGUUGUAGAGGAAUGUUCAAUAAUGCCUUAGCACAUUGGUUAAUCGCUGACUAUAAUGUGUUGCACUUAAUUGUGAUAUUUGGUCAAUGCAAGGUAUCCAUUUCAUCGUUCCAAAUCCGUUUUAGUACAACCUAUGGUACAUGUAAAUGAGAUGAGUAGGGUAAUACCAACUUAUCUCCCAGGUGCCUGACUGGUUGUGUUUGGUGUUGUAUGUCAUGUUUUCAUGGUGAUCCUAUUUCUGAAUUUUUCACAGUUACCGUAAGAGAAUUAAAGAAGCCUUUCAUGGAAGGUUCAGCUGCAGCUCUUUGGGGUUUUUUCCCCCUGAAUAUUAACAAGUGCUAAUAUACCUAUAUAGUAAUCAAAAUCUUUACAACUGUUAUUUGUUAAUACAGAUCGUUUUCAUGUAUCUGAUUCAGUUGUUUAUUUUUGUUAUUUUUUAUGUUAAGUGUUCUUCAGUGUUUACUAUAGUUGGUUACAUGUGCUGCAAGGUGUCACAAAAUGCAUGUGAACAUUUAUUUUUGUGUAAAAAUACUGUAUAAGUAUUUCGAUGGUUUCGUUGUUUUGAUUUGAUCUUGUCGAUUAUGUAUUCUUAAUGUGAUUUCCCCCAGUUAUUUGUAUUGCAUCAGGACAACCAAAAAUCUUAUUUGCAUUAAUAGACCAUUUUUUUUUUUUAAUGAUUGGUUAUACUAGAUACUAUAUACCAAACCACCAUGUAUAAAUACAUAAGUAUGGUUUUUUAAAAAUCUGAAACAACUAAACUCUAAAAAAUAUUUUUAAAUGAAUCCUCCACCACACCCCAAAACUCUUUUUAUAAGUGCAAAACAGAGGUGAUGGAGAAUUUUUUUUUAUUAUUCAGAAUAAACUAAUUUUAUUUACCUUUGGUAUUACAUGUAUUUCAAAUUAGGUACCUUUGUCCUGUUACAUACAGAAUGAAAGAUGUAGCAUGAUUUAUGUCGUGAAGUUUAAGCUUGCUCAAGAGUAUUUCUUGUAAUGAAGCCAUUUUAAGAUGUAUUGCUGUCUGUUUCAUAGUUUGUGAAAGCAGAACAUCGAUGUAUGAAAUGGUAAACAUUAACCAAACCACAGAGCUAUUUAAGUUCCACUGUAGAAAAUUCUACAGACUAACCCAGAAGGUACAUUUUAAACGAGGACUACUUUUUAGUACUUUACACACAUUUGUGAGGAUAAAACAGAUGUGUGGUUAGUUUUGGGUGCCAAUUAUUUAGUUGAUAUUCAAAAAACAGAAGGAAAAAAAAAAAAGAGUUCGGCAACACAGCCAAGGAUUAAAAAAUCUUGACAUUAAAAAAAAAUUAGUUUUAAUGUUUUUAAAAAAAUCUUUACCAGUCAUACAGAAAUUCCAAAAUAGGAAUAGAAUGGAAAGAAAGUUUUAUUUACUGUAUAUUUUGUGAGUGCAACUUCAUUUCAGCUUUAUAUUAUUUAUUAUGUUAACCUGUUUAUGCAGUGCACUUUCUAAAGCAAUGUUUUAGUGGACUGAGUAAAUAACUGUUCAGUUACAAGUUGUCUUGUUGUUCGACAUGGUGUAGUACUAUAUUUAAACUUUUUCUUCCGGCAGUGCAGUUGUCUUUCCUUGACCAUUUGAAACUACUGUAAACAAUGUCGACUUGAGAGGUCAUUAUUAUUAUUAGUUUUAAACUGAUGUUCGUCGUCGUUACUUGCUUCAGUUACAUAUCGUUUGUGUGUUGCCGACAUUUUAAUUCCUUGGUCCUUGUUAUAGGAUAUAGAUGGAGUGCAAUUUCAGACCAAGCUGUCUCAAUUGCUAUGUGAAUUUUAAUGUGUAAGAAAAGCUCAGUCAGGAAAAAUAAAGGGCCUGGUGCAGAAAA